UGCCUGAUCGCGGUCAAUGGGAGACCCAGUGGAGAGCUGGAUGACCUGCAGACCAGGGGUAGGGCAAAUGAAGCGGGUCACAAAAGGGGAAAAAGAAAAGGAAAAGAUAGAAACAAAGGGGCAAAGGCAAGGAAUGGUGAAGAUAUGGUCAAAAGAUGGCGAGAGAUGGAAAGCAUGGUAAAGGAUCACCGAGUAGACACGGUCAAAUAUUUGCGCUACCGUCUCUGUUGA